CGCACAAGCACAUUCAUUCUCUCUAGUGGCCUCUCGGCUUGUCUCGCCCACUAUUUCUCUCUGUGUGUCUAUCUCUGGUUAGGAGGAGCCUGUCUGUGUAUGCAUGUGGGUGUGUGUUGUGCAUGCUUGUGUGUGUGAACACACUUUGGACUUUUUCCCCUAUGCUGUAGAUUGUUUUUUCCUCUGUCCUUUGCACUCUGGAAUACUGGCCCGUUUUCUCUCUCCUCUGCUGCUUACCAUCCAGAGGAAGGAAUUCUAGCACAGGCCUCUUGCUCAAGGGAAACUUUUUUCCCCAUCCUGCCUCUUUCACACGCUCACUUCUAAAGUGCUGAGUUGCCCAGAGCGGGUGGAGCAGGUGGCAGCAGUGAGUGGGUGUGAAUGUGUGUUUUGUUUUCUGUGGUCUGCGAGAGGGACAGUAAUACGGAGACAUGCUGCGAAAGGGCACAGCGGGCUCCUCGCUCACUACUACGACCACUUCGGAUAAGGGGAGUGAGAGAGGAAUCAGGCGUCUCAGAUUGACCCUCCGAUCUGAGGACAUCCCCACUGGACAGAAUGAGAAGGCAAAGAUUUCUGCACACUCAGAUGGCAAGAUGGUCAAUGGCACCUGGAUGAAGAAGAAUGGCCUCAUGCAGAGAGAAAGACCUCCAGGCAGAGAAGCACCUGUAGGGGAGAAGCACUCUUACAGUGUGAGCAAUGGUGGUGUUGCUGAGCGAGAGACGCUGCCGGGACUCCGGGUGUACGGUGUAGUGAAGCAGGAAGUGAUGGCUCGUGAACAGCCUGCCAAUGACCUGAGAGAUGAGAUGAGGUACAUCAGAGAGGUGCGAGACUCUUUGGAGAAGGUCCGAGAACGGAUGUACGGUCAGUUUGGAGGAAUGCAACAAUCAAUACAACAACUCUCAAAAGAAUUAAGGAUGACUAACUCACAUAAGAACUAUUUGGAAGCGGAAGUAAAAACAGGGAGAGCAGCCCUCGACAGCUUCGAUCAGAUGAACAGCUCUCUCAUAUCAGCCAACAUCGACUUGCAGAAGUCACUGCUGGAGAGCUGUGAGGGCCGUGUCGGAAACAGGGAGGAGAUGAAAGCACUGCGCAGUUCCUUCGAAAAGACUGAGGAGAAACUGAGGGAGAGGGAAAGACAACUGGCUACUGCUCAUGCUGAAAACCGCAUGCUGCAACAACAGGUGGAGUCCUCUCAAGAGGCCAGUGCUCAGGCUUUGAAGGAAAUGAGUGCUAAACUCCAGCAGCAGUAUGACCAGCAACUGCAGGAACAGCAGAGAAAACACAGAAAAGAAAUCGAAGCUCUGCAGGCCCAGCUGGAGGAGUACAUGAGGCGACUGGAGGAGGCUGAGAGGAACAUGAGGCUUGCUGAGGCAAAAAUAGCCGAGAGGGACCAGAGGAUCAGCGAGGUGGAGCGUCUGCUUGAUUGUAUGGCUCAGGAAAAGGCACACUUAACCCAGAAACUCUGUGACUGUGAAAAGCGCUUGCGCAGCUUGGGUGAGGAUCAACCAGACUUGGCUGGUGCUAAAAAGACUGAGCAGUUACAGAAGGAAGCGUCAGAGCUGAAAGACAGAAUAAAGCACCUGAAUGACAUGGUGUUCUGCCAGCAGAGAAAGGUCAAGAGCAUGAUAGAAGAGGUGACCACACUGAGAGCUAAUGUGGCACGGAAGGAUGCGUACAUUUCUGAGUUGCUGGACAGGCUGGCGAUUGUGGAGUGUGAGAAUAAUGAGUUAGAAGACAAGCUGAAGUAUUUUAUGUCUGUACAGAAAGCUACUGAAAAUAAACCCCUCACAAAAGAUAUCGGAGUUGGCUGCGACUUUCCCAUUAGCUGCCCUGAUCCUCAGCCGUAUGAAGGCCCAUCCAUCCCAAGACCUCCGAGCCGACUGGAGCAGAGUUUACUCCGAUAUACACCUUUGCAGUAUAGCAGUAUGAUCUCAGCACGCACGCGGGAAACCGCAACAAGUCCUUUAGAAAAUGUAGCACCAGCUCCAAGGCCCAGUCAUGAAGGACUAACUCCACCUACCACCCCAAAUACAGAACUGUCAUCAUCCAGGAGCAAUCGGCCCAGAAUCUACACACCAUUCAUGAGGCUGAUGGAGAUCUCAUCUAAGCUAAAUACAGACAGAACUACAUGCAGUGAAUAAUGCUUUAAAUUGGAAAAAAAAAUGAAGUAUUUGUCUUUUGUUUUUAUUCAUUUCAUAACAUAGCUACUCAUCUGUGAAUAAAUUAUUGAGUAUAUACAUUAUAAUUGUUUGUGUAUAUACUGUAUACAUCAACAUAUGUAACAUGAUGCACUUUUCACUUUGUUUACAAAAAUAUAGGCUACAUACUGAUAAAGUUCGAUGAGCUAGAAAGUUUAUAUUUUUAUUUAGCUUUUCUUACAAUUUAUUAACUAGCCUUGAGUUAAAGUCUCACCUAAGUAUAAUUUUGUGUAGCAAUAUUUACAUUGUUCACGUGUGAUGCAAUAUUAAACUAAUAUUACUCUAAAUA